UCCUGUACUACUAAGUUGAUAAAUGUGUGUCACAAUACAGUUGAUCGUUUAACUCGGCAGUCGACUAUACUGAAGGACAAACAAUACGCUGCUAUAUUGGUCGAUUUGGUCGUUGUUUUACUGUCGAAUUAUUGCCUAUGGGCUACCAGCUUUAUGUUUUAAAUAAGUGACAUCAGUUUCAAAUAUAUUAUAAACAUAAUGACUAAUCAAGAUAGAGUAGUUUUAAUUACUAAAUCUAAAACACCCACGUCAACAGUACUCGUAGUCGAACGCCAAGCAGAUAACAAUAAUGAACACAAUGAAAAGAAUGAAUAUAUAGCUGGUGGGGAACACAGCGGAAUCGUGAUCAGCAAAAUUAGAAAAUACGAUAUUCAAGACGAAACACCUGCAGAUACAUCGGUUCAGUUCUGCGUAUUUCUAGUAAAUGGUCAAACGGGUUUACACACCAAGGAAAGACGUACCAUAAGAUUUUGGUGUAAUGGAGUUAAAAUGAUAGACGCCUCGGCAGUGGCGUCUCAAUUUUUUCAAGACUUAAUAUUGCCAGAUCAAUUUCCUCUUGAUUACAUAGGUUUUGUAAAAAGAUUAUUAAUUUUAAUGCAUAAAGGCUAUAAAUGUGUGUCAAAACUUGAAAUCGAAUUAAAGCAACUGGAAAUAACAUCAGUAAAACCUGUAAAUCAAGUUUCUGUUGAAGGCUCGACAUUAAAUUUGGAUAUAUCACUAACUAAAUUACGUGAAUUGAUCGAAUCUUCAUAUCCUAACCCGCUAACUAUUGACGAUAUUAACAAAAAACACGGAUGGAAGAACUCAGACAUAAAGGACAAUUUAGAGAAACUACAAGAGUCUGGCAUUGUUAAGCCUGUUGAUGGUGGAUACACAAGAGUCGUCCUUCAUGACAAAAUUGUCGAACAAAUUCCUAAUAUUCAAAAUAAUCGGCAACCAACUGUAGCCAUUAUCACAGCGGAGUAUUGCGAAAAAGUAGCCGUUGAUAUUUUGAUCGAAAAUAAAGAAACAUUUGUACGAUACACCACUGUUGGAGAAUCAAAUGUUUAUACAAUAGGAAAAAUGGGAAACCACAGUGUAGUUUGUACCAAACUUCCUGCACUGGGAUUAAGCAGAGAAGCUACAAUAGCAGCUGGAAAUGCAAUAACUCGCUUAUUAGGAACAUUUCAAAAAGUUGAACAUGUUUUUGUUUGUGGUGCUGGUGGUGGUGUACCACAUUAUACAAAUUAUGACAAGCAUGUAAAACUAGGCGAUGUAGUUGUUUCUCAUUGUGGCAACAACCAAAAAGCCGUUUAUACAUACUGCAAAAAUGUCUCAAAUGAAAAUGGAAAUUUGAAAUUUCAUUGUCAUCAAUAUAGUCCAAAAACAUUUGAUUUACAAAUAGCUGCAAUGAAAUUACAAACGGAAGUAAAAUCAAUUGACAAAAAGCCUCUAUGGGAUACAUAUUUGAAUGAAGCUUUGAAUAAGAUAGAAAAACAAAAGACCGAUAAUGAAUCUGAUUUUAAGCGUCCACCAGCAGAUUCCGAUAAACUUCAAAUGUAUAUUGGUGGAACCGAAUUAAUUGAAAUUACUCAUCCCAUUUGUAAUGAUAAGGACAAUACUUUAGGUACAAGAAUACACGUAGGUCCUAUUGGCGGUGGUCAAAGUGUUACAUCAAAUGCGUUUACAAGACAGAAAUUUACUGCUGAGUACAAAUUAUUGGCUAUGGAUUCAGAAUUUGACUCCGUUAUGGGAUCUCUAAUGGGAAACUAUUGUCAUUCUUAUGCUAUUGUUAGAGGCAUUUCAGACUAUAAAGAUGGAUCAGUAAAAAACAAAUGGCAACCUUAUGCCUCCUUAGCUGCUGCAUCUGUGAUUAAAGCAAUAUUAUCGAUAACCAAUGUAUAAACUUUAAACCAAUUAAAAUUGGUUAUAUUCCCAAAUAAUAAUGUAAUAUAAUCUUGUUUUUGAAGCCUUUCUGUUUUAAAAAAUAUGUGUUUUAUUAUAUGGAUGUGUUGCUCCAAAUAAGAUAUUAUAGUGAUUUAGAUAAUUCAUAUUUCAAACUAUUUUUACACAUCUAAAUAUUUUAAGAGAGUCAGUUUUCUAUAAUAGUUUUAAAUAUUGUUUACUAUUAUUUUAAUACCUAAUUAAAAUUAUGUAUGAUGGUUUCAUAACUUAUUAUUCACAUAGUUGUGCAUGAUGAUUUUGAAAUAUUUAUUAUAUUAUAAUUAAUAUGAAUGUUAUUUAUUUUUAAUUUUAAGGAUUUAACACUUUUGUUCCUAUAAAUAUAUUUAAAAGCAUUAAACUAUUUAAAACACCUGAUAUUCAAUUUAACUUUUUAUUUCUCAUAUUUUAUUUGAAAAUCAAUACAUAAAUACAUAUUAUAAACAACAACAAAAUUGUAUGAUUUAAAUUUUACAUUAAGAAAGUAGAUUUACAAUACAUUUUAUUUUUAAAAUAAAAUUAAUAAUUACAAAACAUUUAGACAAUGAAAAUUAUAUUUUGAUUAUAUAACUAUAUUGCAUUUCAGAAUUUAUUUAUUAUAUUUGUUGUAAUAAAUUGAAUAUAAAUAUGUUUAUAUUAUGAUUUAUAAGAAAAUUUUAAUAAAAAAAAAAAAAAUACAUCUCAAUUAUUACAAAAUCUAAUCAUUUAUUCAAACCUUUCAUGCAUACUUUUAAAAUUAAGCUACAUUAAAGUUAGUCCCAUUUUUUUGAAAUAUCAAUAUAUUCUCCGUCAGGACUUUGGUAGUUUUCUAUUGGAGGAGUUUCGACUGGUCCAGUUAGUUGACAUGUCAAUAAGGAUUCAUCAA